AUGUCGAUCGAUGCACCCAUUUUCAGCAGCUUUUUGACAAUUCUCGUAUGCCCAUUUUCAGCCGCGCAGACCAACGGUGUGUCGCCAUUUUCAUCUUUUGCGUCAAUAUCAGCUCCACGCGCCAAUCCGCUUCAUGAUACAUUCGAUGCAGCGUUAUUGCGUGACGAGCUAAAGACCGCUGAACCCAAGACAGUGGAAUGA